AUGGUGAAAUCAUUCUCGAAAUCGAAAAGAACGCCCGUGCGGCUUCGACACAAGAUUGAAAAAGCGAGUAGCGCAAAGCAGAGAAAAGCACGUAAGCUUGCGAAACAGAACCCCGAAUGGCGGUCCAGAUUGAAGAAGGAUCCCGGUAUACCGAAUCUGUUCCCAUUCAAGGACAAGAUCCUUGCAGAAAUUGAGGAGAAGAAGCGAAAUAAAGCAGAUGAGGCCCAGCGACUUCGAGAUGCUGCGAAAGUGAAAAAGAGUGGUGGCGCGAACGUAGCGGCCACAGAGGACGAGGAGAUGGAUGUCGAAGAAGAAGAGGAGGAGGACUCAGACGAAGACAUGGACGAAAAUGACACAGACGUAAAUUCGUCUAAUCCAAUGGCAGCACUACUGGCCUCUGCACAAGCUCGAGCCGCGGACUAUGAAAAAGACGGUCCUAGUGGCGAUAUGGGCAAUGACGACGACGAAGAUGAUGAUGUUGAUGGUGGCGUUGAUAUUACAGCAAACAUAUCCGCAGAUAACAGGAACCCCGACUCUUCACGUAAGGCAUUCGACAAGAUCUUCAAGCAGGUUCUGGAAGCCGCGGACGUUAUACUUUAUGUCUUGGAUGCACGAGACCCUGAAGGAACCAGAUCGAGAGAGGUUGAGAGACAAGUCAUGGCAGCGCAAUCUGGGGAAAAGCGACUGAUAUUGGUUCUCAACAAGAUCGAUCUAGUACCAGCUGAUGUGUUAAAUGGCUGGCUUAAACAUCUACGGCGGUACUUCCCUACAACUCCGCUACGAGCAUCGACACCAGCUUCCAAUGCGCAAACAUUCGACCACAAACAGUAUACCAUCAAGAACACUUCGGAAACACUAUUGAGGUCACUCAAGUCCUAUGCUGCGUCGAAGCAAUUGAAGCGAUCAAUCUCAGUAGGAGUCAUCGGUUAUCCAAAUGUUGGCAAGUCCUCGGUGAUCAAUGCAUUGACUUCGCGUCUGAACAAAGGUACACAAAGUUUUGCUUGUCCUGUUGGAUCAGAGGCAGGAGUCACCACGGCGCUACGUGAAGUGAAAGUCGAUAGCAGGCUCAAAAUUCUGGACUCCCCUGGAAUAGUCUUUCCUGCGGCUGUAAACGACGAAGACAGGAACAACAAACAGAAGAAGAAAGCGGAGCAUGAAGCACGACUGAUCCUACUAAAUGCGCUGCCACCAUCACAGAUUACAGACCCACAACCAGCGGUGACCAUGCUGCUCCAGAGAUUGUCUCAGUCUUCCACGUUAUAUGAGAAGCUGCUCCAGCAUUAUGGCAUUGCAGCCCUGGGGCCAUUCGGUCAAGGUGAUAUCACAACUGAUUUCCUGGUACAGGUGGCAAGGAAAAGGGGUCGACUUGGCAAAGGAGGUGUACCUAAUUUAAUGGCGGCAGCAAUGACUGUGGCUACAGACUGGCGUGAUGGUAGAAUACAAGGCUGGGUCGAGCCUCCAGUUCUACGAAUUACUGAUGACGCUGAAAUGGGCGAUAAUGCCUCUGCUGAAGUUGGCCCGACUUCUGACCAGAAAAUCAUCGUCAAGGAAUGGGCUGAGGAAUUCAAGCUGGACGGUCUUUGGGAAAGCACCAGCGGACAAUAA